ACACCAGGCACUGUGCUAAACUCUUUACAAAUAUUCCAUUUGAUCCAUUGUGCCACCUAUAGAGGAGCUGGUCCUGGGUUCAGGAAGAAUGGAGUUCAAAUGUGACCUCUGACAUAUACUACCAGAAUAACUCUGGGUAAAUCCUUUAACCUUUCUGCUUCAUUUUCCUGAAUUGUAAAAUGAUAAUGCCAACCUCCUAGAAUUCUUCUGUGGUUCAAAUAAGAUAAUAUUUAUUUUUAGCAAAGUGACUGGCACUUAGUAGAAUUUUCAUUCUUAUUUUUAAAUGAAAAUCAAGACUUUUUCAAGAAUGAAAGAACAGUAACAGAAGCAGUAGAGAGGCCAGAAAAUAAGCACCGAAGAAAAAGUGCAUUUGGACAUUAGGAAGUCAGUUUGAAAAAAAGGUUCUGUAAGGUGAUAACAGAAUCCAGAUUACAGGGAGUGGAUGGUGAGAAAGUGGAAGUACAAGUGUAAAUUCCUGAGAAAUGUGAUUUAUUGAGGAGCAUAUAGGAGGCUAGACUGCAAGAAGAGAUAUGAGACUUGGGAAGGAAUAGGAGUUUGCUUGGGGAGCUUACAAAAAAUGGUAUAAGGAUCUGCUCUCCAUUGGGUGGGAGUUAGUAUAGAUCUGGCAGACCUUCUUUCCCCCAAAAUAACAGGUAGGCCGGCAAAGCUCUUCACUCUAACUACAAUUCCCAGCAUGCUCUGAAAAGUAGUGAGCUCCUGAAGCAUGCUGGGGCGUAUGGUUUGCGGGAGAGGGAAGUCAGGGAUCUAGCUUCCAUUACCCCGGAUGCUCAUGAGGAGACAGCGAGGUUAUGCCAACCCCCCCAAAUCGAGGGCACAUCACCCGCCUCCUCACCCCCAUAUACUGUAGUAGUUUUAGCAGAUCCUCUUCUUGAGGAGGCAUUCCCCCUAUUCCGUCUUCAAGUUUCCCGCGGGUCUCGCCCUUUCUUUGAAAGGCCAAUCGUGGCUCGGACUGUAUCUGAUUGGCCUAUCCGCUACGACUUCAGCGCCUGCGUGGGCGGGGAGACGAAUCUGCCUGAUGUUGGGUGAGCUUACCCAAGGCUCAGAUUUGCGCAUGUGUGAGCUCCCUUCCCGCGAAUUGCCGCUCGCCUAGGAGACCACGGCCGUUCCCGCUGUGCUCCCAGGCGUGCCGGCGUCGGAUGUGGAAAAGCCCUGAGAAACCCUCAGGCGGUGGCCGGGAACAGCAUGUCCCCAGGUCCCACCGCGCCCCAGGCUCACCCUGGCUGCCUGCGCCUGUGGAGGGAGGAAAAUGAUCAACUGGUCGGGCAGUGGAAGCAGGUGGCAGCUCAGCACUCGGGGCAGUCCUUGAAGCCGCAGGCUGCUCAUCACGUCCUAGACGGACUCCGGGGGCUCCUCCACAGGCUACAGGGGCUCCCUUCAGCUCUUUCUGUGCUUCCUCUGGAGCUGACUGUCCUGGCUAAUACCCUGACCCUGGGAGCUGGCUUGACCCAGCGAUUCAUGAAGGAUCAUGCUCUGGACAUCCAUCGGGGCCUGGAAAGGGUGCUGGAUGCUAUGGGGGUGCCAUUGCCCCAGUCAGGGGACCUAUGGAAGGCCAUUUUUCAAAGCCCCUUCAUAACUCCUGAGAUGCUUCUCCCCCUACACCUCUUGGUGGGAUUACAGGGGGCCUUAUGGCUGACAGAUAACCAUCCUGGAGACUUAGCUAGACUCUUAUGUACCGUGAUGAGGAGCCAGUACAAAGAGAGUGGGGUUCCUCUCCUUGAACCUACUGAAGACUUGCUGUCAUUGCUAAGUAUGUGGGACCCCCCCAUUGGAGAGUUGGAUGCUCCAGUGAUCCUCCAGGAUGCCAGGAGUCUGAGGGAUGUUCUUCUUACGACAGCUGCAUUCCUCCAAGGGCUUCAUGAGCUUCAUGUGGGGAACUUGCUGUUAGCCUUGAGCAGCCUACAAAAAGCAGCAUUGAGCCUGUGCCCCCGCCCUGUGCUAGCCCAAGUCCACACAGCCUUGGGAGCCUGCCUUCGGAAAAUGGGCCAUCCACAGAGGGCAUUGCUGCAUCUCCUUGAGGCUUUAAAGGCAGGCCCAGGCCAAGGACCCCCUCUCCUGGAGGCUGCUCGACUCUAUCGACAGCUUGGCCACACCACAGCUGAGUUGGACAGCUUAAGGCUACUAGUAGAGGCUUUGAGUAUUCCUCAAGACUCCAGGCCACCCUUGUUCCCUAUUGGGGUAGAGCUUCUGAUUCCUCCACCCAGCCCUGCCUCCUGCCUAUACGCUGGGACCCAGAGCCAGGCCAGAUACCUUCUUGCAAGUCGGUGUCUCCAGACAGGCAGGAAUGGAGAGGCUGUGGAGCAGUACCUGGACCUGCUGGCCUUGUUGUUGGAUGGACCAAUGUCACAGGGCAUGCCAUGUUCUGUGUUCCUGUCUGGUGGCUCUCAAGUUCCCCGUGUACCCGAGGUCUUCCUGGAGACAGCAGUGGCUCUGAUUAUUGUGGGCAGAUUCCAUGAUUCCCUGACUGUGUGUGAGGAGCUGCUUAGCCGAAUAGUGCUUUUGGUUCCUCAGAAACUCUGGCUGGGUCAAGGAGGGGCUAGCUUCAAGUCCUCUCUAUCCCCAGCCCCUCCUCUUUCUGAGAACCCCUCAGAGCGUCUGUGCUGCCUCUUGUGGGCCUCAGCUGCCCACUUGUUUCAGGGUCAGGCCCAUGCUGGGCUGGGAGCCCGGAAAGAAGCCUUGGAGGAGUUUAGCAGGUGCCUUGAGUUACUCUUCCGGGUACAGCCUAUGGGCAGAGCUGUAGACCAAGAUGCAGGUGGAGAUAAAGGCCAAGGUUUGAAUGGAGAUGUUGUCUCCAGCAAUGAAGAUGAGUUCCCUUCAGAGAUCUGCCUAUCUAUGAAGGUUCUUCAGAGGCUAAAAGCAGUGGCAUUAAUUAGCCGAGGGCUGGAAUGGGUGGCAGAAGGCCAGGAUGCCCGGGCUCUACAAGAUUUCCUCCUUGGUGUGCAGGUUUGUCCAGGUUACCGAAAUGCUUCCUUACAUCUGCUGCAUGUCCUAUGGAGGCUAGAGCGGAAGGAUGAUGCUAUUGCAAUCUAUCAGAAGCUAGAGUCUGAGGCUGACCAGCAACAGGAUGACUCUGAGGGUCUUCUCCCCCAAUACUUAGAGUCCUGUAUGAACUGCAUUGGAAUCACUGAGCAGGAGUCCCUCUUGCAAGAACUUCGGAAAUCACUACAGAGGCCUUCUAGCCCUUAAUGGUCAUUCAGUCCUGGCUUCCCAUGGAUCUUCUCUGUUUGAGCUUCCCUCCUAGUUCAGUUUAGGGGGAUGGCUAGGGAUUCAGUAGGCUGGAGAAAGCCAUGUCCCUGGUUCCUUACAUGUCUUUUUGGUCAUUCUCCUUCAACACUCAAAGUGGAGGAAAUGAUAGGGGUAAAGAGAAAAGUAAUCAGUUUACUCUAUCCCCUUCCCAUAUGUGUAUGUGUGUAAUGUGUAUGUAUGUGUCUUCCUGUCACUAUUGUUUUGGUACCUAUUACCUUUUUUUUCCAGUAAAAUUUUGUAUUGGUCCAUCUGUCCAUACUAUCUGUCUUUGGCAUGUAAAUGCUGGGAAUUCUGGUUUCUGGACACUGGGCCACUCAGCCCCUUUAUCUGAUGUGAUAUAUUCUGAUGAUAGUGGAAGUCCAAGGGACUCUAAUGGAAAUGGAGACUCCUCCCUCCCCCCCAUCUUUACUUGAUUUCUUCCUUCCCUUAGCUUUUAAGCAAUAAUAUUUGUGUUUUGGUGGUUAUCAGUUGGUCAAUAAAUAAAUAUUUAUUAAGUGAA